AUGGCGAGUGGCACAGCGUACCAAGAACACCUUCCAGCAUCACCGGAGUGGCUGAACAAAGGCGACAACGCGUGGCAGCUAACAGCGGCGACUCUGGUGGGCCUGCAGAGCAUGCCGGGCCUGGUGAUCCUGUACGCGAGCAUAGUAAAGAAGAAAUGGGCCGUGAACUCGGCCUUCAUGGCCCUGUACGCCUUCGCCGCAGUGCUCAUAUGCUGGGUCCUGCUGUGUUACCGCAUGGCCUUCGGCGACGAGCUCCUCCCGUUCUGGGGCAAGGGUGCGCCCGCACUGGGCCAGAAGUUUCUCAUAAACCAGGCCCGGGUGCCCGAAAGCACGCACUUCCACAAGAAUGGGACCCUGGAAAGCCCAACUUCGGAGCCCUUGUUCGCGAUGGCUUCGCUUGUGUACUUUCAGUUUACUUUCGCUGCUAUUACGAUGAUUCUGUUGGCGGGGUCGGUUCUUGGGAGAAUGAACAUCAAGGCGUGGAUGGCGUUUGUGCCGCUUUGGCUUGUUUUUUCGUACACUGUUGGGGCCUUUAGUCUUUGGGGUGGUGGCUUUCUCUACCAUUGGGGUGUCAUUGAUUACUCUGGUGGUUACGUUAUUCAUCUUUCAUCUGGUGUUGCUGGUUUCACCGCUGCUUACUGGGUUGGGCCAAGGUUGAAGAGUGACAGGGAGAGGUUCCCACCGAACAACGUGCUGCUAAUGCUAGCGGGUGCGGGGUUGCUGUGGAUGGGGUGGUCAGGGUUCAACGGAGGAGCACCGUAUGCAGCGAACAUAGACUCUUCGAUCGCAGUGCUCAACACUAACAUUUGUGCCGCCACUAGCCUCCUUGUCUGGACCUCUCUCGAUGUCAUCUUCUUCUCCAAGCCUUCUGUCGUUGGAGCUGUUCAGGGCAUGAUGACUGGCCUCGUUUGCAUCACCCCAGGAGCAGGGCUUGUGCAAUCUUGGGCGGCUAUAGUGAUGGGAGUACUAUCAGGUAGCAUUCCAUGGGUCACCAUGAUGAUCCUUCACAAGAAGUCAAGCCUUCUACAGAAGGUAGAUGACACCCUAGGAGUGUUUCACACACAUGCUGUGGCUGGUCUUUUGGGUGGUCUCCUCACUGGUCUCUUAGCAGAACCUCAGCUUUGUAAACUCUUAUUGCCUGUGACCAACUCAAGGGGUGCCUUCUAUGGUGGUGAUGGUGGUGUUCAGUUUUUGAAGCAAAUAGUGGGAGCACUUUUCAUUGCUGGAUGGAACUUGGUCUCCACCACACUCAUUCUUCUGGCCAUACAGCUCUUCAUACCCUUGAGGAUGCCCGACGAGCAGCUCGAGAUCGGUGACGACGCCGUCCACGGCGAAGAAGCUUAUGCCCUCUGGGGUGAUGGCGAAAAAUAUGACCCUACAAGGCAUGGAUCUUUAAGAGUCGAUAAAGCUGCAGCAUCACCUUAUGUUAAUGGAGCUAGGGGUUUGACCAUUGAUUUAUGAGUCAUCAUGUAGAUUAAGUGUGUUGGAUUUUCCGUUAGAAACUUGGUUUAGUGCUUUGGAAAUUGUGUUUUUCCGUUUGCAUUGUUGCAAAUUGGUUUCCAAGCGUAACCAUGAUUGUGUAUAUUAGAUUCUAUUGAGUGGAGUUAGACUUUAACUCUUGACUUCAUUAAAAUACAAAUGCAAUGCUCGUGCAUGUGUAAGUUUGAUAUUAUGUAGCUGUGAGAUUAUUAUAUCGUCCGUAUAUGUUGAGCUUUGAUAUAUUUCGCAGCUUAAAA